AAGAACAAGAAGAGGAGGAGGAGGAAGCUGAGGUUGGAUAUUUCCUCUUCUCCAGUUCUUCAAGUAAAAAUCUGCGCAUCACAAGGCUGUGAAAGUUUCCAGGAGUUGACAGGAUGUCUGUGACCAUGGCAAAAGCAGACGGGGUCACCGUCUUCACGUUGACCUCUGACCCCAACAGUGCUUGUCCUCCACUGUGUCAGAUCCUCAAGGGUCUCUGCUGCAGCCCUGUGUGCUGCUCUGUGUCUCAGCCCCUUCGGAGGCUCCAGGGAACGUCUCAGUCAGUCCUGGGGGCUUUGCAGAUCAUGAUUGGGGCGCUUCACAUCGGGCUUGGAGCCAUCCUCUGCUCUGGUGGUGGAUUGUUGACCUUUGGAAUGCAAUAUAUCGGGUAUCCAUUUUGGCUCGGAGCACUGUUCAUUUUCUUUGGAAUCAUGUGCAUUUUAUCCGAGAAGUUCCCCAGUCCAUGUCUGGUCAUCACCAAUGUGAUUCUGAACCUGGAAGGAGUUGGUUUUGCCAUUACAUCCAUUGUCCUGUACAGCACCAGCACUGGCAACUAUGAUGACUACUCCGACAACUACUUCUGGCGCGACAAUCGACUUCCGAUGAUGGUGAGAAGCAUCAACAUUGUCCUGAUCAUCCUGUCACACCUGGAGCUCUGCAUCGUCGUCAGUGUGGUUGUCCUGGGCAUCAAAGCUCUGAAGAAGAGAGGAAGUGGAGAAACCAAGGAAACUGAAAAUCCAGAGUUCUACAAACCACUGCUGAAGGACGUCCCCAGUAACCCUGCAGUCUAAACCAAAUCUGCUUUAUUAUGGGCUGUAACACUGUGCAUUUAUACUUUAUAAAUUCAGUCAGUACUGCCUCUGUCUCUGUCUUUUCCUGCAGACUUCUUUGCGCUUUAAGAUUUAUGAGGGUAGAAAUGUGCACCUUAUCAAAUUUGUUUUCUAUUUUUGUCUGUUUCCCGUGAUAACAAAUGAUUUUUACAAAAUACAGAGAGGAACGGGCUUGAAGGAGGGAAUCCAGUUGUUUUUCAUAGUGGGGCUUUGCCACAUAUGUGUUG